AUGGUGGCCCUGUCCUUAAAGAUUUGUGUCCGCCACUGCAAUGUGGUGAAGACCAUGCAGUUUGAACCAUCUACAGCCGUGUACGAUGCAUGUCGAGUCAUUCGGGAACGGGUCCCGGAGGCACAAACUGGCCAAGCUUCUGAUUAUGGGCUGUUUCUCUCGGAUGAAGACCCCAGGAAAGGAAUUUGGCUGGAAGCAGGCAGAACACUGGAUUACUACAUGUUGCGAAAUGGGGAUAUUUUGGAAUAUAAGAAGAAACAGAGACCUCAGAAAAUCCGGAUGCUGGAUGGAUCCGUGAAAACAGUGAUGGUGGAUGACUCCAAGACCGUUGGGGAACUCCUGGUUACUAUUUGCAGCAGGAUAGGAAUAACGAACUAUGAAGAGUACUCUUUAAUCCAAGAAAUGAUUGAAGAAAAGAAAGAGGAAGGGACAGGGACGCUAAAAAAAGACAGGACUCUAUUGCGAGACGAGAGGAAGAUGGAGAAGCUGAAGGCCAAGCUCCACACGGAUGAUGACUUAAAUUGGCUGGAUCACAGCCGAACAUUCAGAGAACAAGGAGUAGAUGAACACGAAACGUUGCUACUUAGACGGAAGUUCUUCUACUCUGAUCAGAAUGUGGACUCAAGAGACCCCGUGCAGCUGAACUUGCUUUAUGUUCAGGCUCGGGAUGAUAUCCUGAAUGGCUCCCACCCUGUCUCCUUCGAGAAAGCUUGUGAGUUUGGAGGAUUUCAAGCCCAGAUACAAUUUGGACCUCAUGUGGAACAUAAACACAAACCCGGAUUCUUAGAUCUAAAGGAAUUCCUGCCCAAAGAAUACAUCAAGCAGAGAGGAGCUGAAAAGAGAAUAUUUCAGGAGCAUAAGAACUGUGGAGAGAUGAGCGAAAUAGAAGCCAAGGUCAAGUAUGUCAAACUCGCCCGAUCCCUCCGGACGUAUGGUGUGUCCUUUUUUCUGGUGAAGGAAAAGAUGAAAGGCAAGAACAAGCUGGUGCCUCGCCUGCUGGGCAUCACCAAGGACUCAGUGAUGCGUGUGGAUGAGAAGACCAAGGAAGUGCUGCAGGAGUGGCCACUUACCACGGUUAAGCGCUGGGCAGCCUCACCCAAAAGCUUCACCCUGGAUUUUGGGGAGUAUCAGGAAAGCUACUAUUCAGUACAAACCACUGAAGGAGAGCAGAUAUCCCAGCUGAUUGCAGGCUACAUUGACAUCAUCCUCAAAAAGAAACAAAGUAAAGAUAGAUUUGGAUUAGAGGGGGAUGAGGAGUCGACUAUGCUGGAAGAGUCCGUUUCCCCAAAAAAGUCUACCAUCUUGCAGCAGCAGUUCAAUCGGACUGGGAAGGCGGAGCAUGGCUCCGUAGCACUGCCCGCCGUGAUGCGCUCAGGCUCCAGCGGGCCCGAGACCUUCAACGUGGGCAGCAUGCCCUCACCACAGCAGCAGGUCAUGGUUGGGCAGAUGCACCGAGGGCACAUGCCCCCGCUGACCUCGGCCCAGCAGGCCCUCAUGGGGACCAUCAACACAAGCAUGCACGCUGUCCAGCAGGCCCAGGACGACCUCAGCGAGCUGGAUUCACUGCCACCCCUCGGCCAGGAUAUGGCGUCACGGGUGUGGGUUCAGAAUAAAGUCGACGAGUCCAAACACGAAAUCCACUCUCAGGUCGAUGCGAUCACAGCUGGAACAGCUUCAGUAGUUAACCUCACUGCUGGUGACCCUGCAGACACCGACUACACAGCAGUGGGAUGUGCAAUCACCACCAUUUCUUCCAACUUGACGGAGAUGUCCAAGGGCGUGAAGCUCUUGGCGGCUCUGAUGGACGACGAGGUGGGCAGUGGGGAGGACUUGCUCAGAGCUGCGAGGACCCUCGCAGGGGCAGUGUCGGACUUGCUGAAAGCUGUGCAGCCUACUUCUGGAGAGCCUCGACAGACAGUUUUGACUGCUGCUGGAAGCAUUGGACAAGCCAGUGGGGAUCUUCUGAGGCAGAUCGGAGAGAAUGAGACUGAUGAACGAUUCCAAGAUGUUUUAAUGAGUUUGGCCAAAGCUGUGGCCAAUGCUGCUGCCAUGUUGGUAUUAAAGGCGAAGAAUGUUGCCCAAGUAGCUGAAGACACAGUCCUACAGAACAGGGUGAUUGCUGCUGCCACCCAGUGUGCCCUCUCUACCUCCCAGCUUGUGGCGUGUGCCAAGGUGGUGAGCCCCACCAUCAGCUCCCCCGUGUGCCAGGAGCAGCUGAUUGAAGCGGGCAAGCUCGUGGACCGCUCAGUGGAGAACUGUGUCCGCGCCUGCCAGGCAGCCACCGACGACAGCGAGCUCCUGAAGCAGGUCAGCGCAGCGGCCAGCGUGGUCAGCCAGGCCCUGCAUGAUCUCCUGCAGCACGUGCGACAGUUUGCCAGCCGAGGCGAGCCCAUCGGCCGCUACGACCAGGCCACCGACACCAUCAUGUGUGUCACCGAGAGCAUCUUCAGCUCCAUGGGCGAUGCUGGUGAAAUGGUGCGCCAGGCCCGGGUCCUGGCCCAGGCCACCUCAGACCUCGUCAACGCCAUGAGGUCGGAUGCAGAAGCUGAAAUCGACAUGGAGAACUCAAAGAAGCUCCUGGCAGCUGCGAAACUCCUGGCCGACUCCACAGCUCGCAUGGUGGAAGCUGCCAAGGGGGCUGCAGCCAAUCCUGAGAAUGAAGACCAGCAGCAGAGACUGAGAGAAGCUGCGGAAGGCCUCCGGGUGGCAACAAACGCCGCCGCCCAGAACGCCAUCAAGAAAAAAAUUGUCAACCGAUUGGAGGUGGCAGCCAAGCAGGCUGCAGCCGCCGCCACGCAGACCAUCGCCGCCUCCCAGAACGCGGCCGUGUCCAACAAGAACCCCGCCGCCCAGCAGCAGCUGGUCCAGAGCUGCAAGGCGGUGGCCGAUCACAUCCCUCAGCUGGUCCAGGGGGUGAGAGGGAGCCAAGCCCAAGCAGAAGACCUUAGCGCCCAGCUGGCUCUCAUCAUCUCCAGCCAGAACUUCCUCCAGCCUGGAAGCAAGAUGGUGUCCUCUGCCAAAGCCGCAGUGCCCACCGUGAGUGACCAGGCUGCAGCUAUGCAGCUGAGCCAAUGUGCCAAGAACCUUGCCACCAGCUUGGCGGAGCUGCGUACUGCCUCGCAGAAGGCCCACGAAGCCUGUGGCCCUAUGGAAAUCGAUUCAGCUCUGAGCACCGUGCAGACACUCAAGAAUGAACUGCAGGAUGCCAAGAUGGCGGCUGUGGAGAGUCAGCUGAAACCACUUCCAGGGGAGACGCUGGAAAAAUGCGCUCAAGACCUAGGAAGUACAUCCAAGGCAGUGGGCUCAUCCAUGGCACAGCUCCUAACCUGUGCUGCUCAAGGCAAUGAGCACUACACAGGGGUGGCUGCCAGAGAGACAGCCCAAGCUCUGAAAACGCUGGCCCAGGCUGCUCGUGGGGUGGCCGCAUCCACGAGCGACCCCGCAGCUGCGCAUGCCAUGUUAGAUUCUGCUCGAGACGUCAUGGAAGGCUCCGCCAUGCUCAUCCAAGAAGCGAAGCAGGCCCUGAUUGCACCUGGGGAUGCUGAGAGUCAGCAGAGACUAGCCCAGGUGGCCAAAGCCGUCUCGCACUCCUUGAAUAACUGCGUGAAUUGCCUCCCGGGGCAGAAGGAUGUGGACGUGGCCUUGAAGAGCAUUGGCGAGUCCAGCAAGAAGCUGCUUGUGGACUCGUUACCUCCGAGCACAAAGCCUUUCCAGGAAGCCCAGAGUGAGCUGAACCAAGCCGCGGCUGAUCUGAACCAGUCUGCGGGGGAAGUGGUCCAUGCCACCCGGGGCCAGAGCGGAGAACUGGCCGCAGCCUCUGGCAAGUUCAGUGAUGAUUUCGAUGAAUUUCUCGAUGCUGGCAUUGAGAUGGCAGGCCAAGCUCAGACGAAAGAAGACCAGAUCCAAGUGAUAGGCAACCUCAAGAAUAUCUCUAUGGCAUCCAGCAAGCUGUUGUUAGCUGCCAAGUCUCUCUCGGUGGAUCCAGGAGCCCCCAAUGCAAAAAAUCUCCUGGCAGCUGCUGCAAGAGCUGUGACCGAGAGCAUCAAUCAGCUCAUUACUCUGUGCACCCAGCAAGCUCCAGGCCAGAAAGAAUGUGAUAAUGCCCUACGGGAGCUCGAGACUGUCAAGGGGAUGUUGGACAAUCCUAAUGAACCUGUGAGUGACCUCUCUUACUUUGACUGCAUUGAGAGUGUGAUGGAAAACUCCAAGGUUCUGGGCGAGUCGAUGGCAGGGAUUUCGCAGAACGCCAAGACCGGGGACCUCCCUGCGUUUGGGGAGUGUGUGGGGAUUGCAUCCAAGGCCCUCUGUGGGCUGACAGAGGCUGCAGCCCAGGCUGCAUACCUGGUGGGCAUCUCUGAUCCAAAUAGCCAGGCGGGCCAUCAGGGCCUCGUGGACCCCAUCCAGUUUGCCAGGGCUAACCAGGCUAUCCAGAUGGCAUGCCAGAACCUGGUGGACCCCGGCAGCAGCCCGUCACAGGUUCUGUCGGCGGCCACAAUUGUCGCCAAGCACACCUCGGCCCUCUGCAAUGCGUGCCGCAUCGCCUCGUCCAAGACAGCCAACCCAGUGGCCAAGAGGCACUUUGUCCAGUCAGCCAAGGAAGUCGCCAACAGCACUGCCAACCUAGUGAAGACCAUCAAGGCCCUGGAUGGGGAUUUCUCCGAAGACAACCGCAAUAAGUGUCGCAUUGCCACCGCACCCUUGAUCGAAGCUGUGGAGAACCUGACAGCGUUUGCAUCCAACCCUGAGUUUGUCAGCAUUCCUGCCCAGAUCAGUUCCGAGGGCUCCCAGGCACAGGAACCGAUCCUCGUCUCAGCCAAGACCAUGCUGGAGAGUUCGUCAUACCUCAUUCGCACUGCACGCUCACUGGCCAUCAACCCCAAAGACCCGCCCACCUGGUCUGUGCUAGCUGGACACUCCCACACCGUGUCUGACUCUAUCAAGAGUCUCAUCACAUCUAUCAGGGACAAGGCACCUGGACAGAGAGAGUGUGACUACUCCAUCGAUGGUAUCAACCGAUGCAUCCGGGACAUUGAGCAGGCCUCACUGGCGGCUGUCAGCCAGAGCCUGGCCACAAGGGAUGACAUCUCUGUGGAGGCCCUGCAGGAGCAGCUCACUUCAGUGGUCCAGGAAAUCGGGCACCUUAUCGAUCCCAUUGCCACAGCGGCGCGGGGAGAAGCAGCUCAGCUGGGACAUAAGGUGACACAGCUGGCAAGCUACUUUGAGCCCCUGAUCUUAGCUGCAGUCGGUGUCGCCUCCAAGAUUCUGGACCAUCAGCAGCAGAUGACAGUGCUGGACCAGACCAAGACGCUCGCAGAAUCUGCCCUGCAGAUGUUGUACGCAGCCAAAGAAGGUGGAGGAAACCCCAAGCAAGCCCAGCACACCCACGAUGCUAUCACAGAGGCUGCCCAGCUCAUGAAGGAGGCUGUCGAUGACAUCAUGGUGACACUGAAUGAAGCCGCCAGUGAAGUGGGGCUGGUGGGAGGCAUGGUCGACGCCAUUGCAGAGGCCAUGAGCAAGCUGGAUGAAGGCACUCCUCCAGAACCAAAGGGAACAUUUGUCGAUUAUCAGACGACUGUGGUUAAAUAUUCCAAAGCCAUUGCGGUGACAGCUCAGGAAAUGAUGACUAAGUCGGUUACUAACCCGGAGGAGUUGGGAGGACUGGCUUCACAAAUGACCAGUGACUAUGGGCACCUGGCUCUCCAGGGCCAGAUGGCAGCAGCCACGGCGGAGCCAGAGGAGAUCGGCUUCCAGAUUCGCACUCGCGUGCAGGACCUGGGCCAUGGCUGCAUCUUCCUGGUGCAGAAGGCGGGGGCCCUCCAGGUGUGCCCCACAGACAGCUACACCAAAAGGGAGCUCAUCGAGUGUGCCCGCGCAGUCACAGAGAAGGUGUCCUUGGUACUAUCAGCUCUGCAGGCUGGGAACAAGGGGACCCAGGCAUGCAUCACAGCCGCCACUGCUGUGUCUGGGAUUAUAGCUGACCUGGACACCACCAUCAUGUUUGCGACCGCGGGGACCCUGAAUUCGGAGAACAACGAGACCUUUGCAGACCACAGGGAGAACAUUCUGAAGACAGCCAAGGCCUUGGUGGAAGACACGAAGCUGCUGGUGUCGGGGGCUGCGUCCACGCCAGACAAGCUGGCCCAGGCAGCGCAGUCGUCAGCGGCCACCAUCACACAGCUUGCUGAGGUGGUCAAGCUGGGGGCCGCCAGCCUGGGCUCUGAUGACCCCGAGACACAGGUGGUGUUGAUCAAUGCCAUCAAAGACGUGGCCAAGGCUCUUUCAGAUCUGAUCGGCGCCACCAAGGGAGCUGCCAGCAAGCCUGCUGAUGACCCCUCCAUGUACCAGCUCAAGGGGGCUGCCAAGGUGAUGGUGACCAAUGUCACCUCCCUCCUCAAGACUGUAAAGGCGGUGGAGGACGAGGCCACCCGGGGCACACGGGCGCUUGAGGCCACAAUUGAGUACAUGAAACAGGAGCUCACGGUGUUCCAGUCCAAAGAGGUACCUGAAAAGACCUCAUCACCUGAAGAAUCGAUAAGAAUGACGAAAGGCAUCACCAUGGCGACAGCCAAAGCCGUGGCCGCAGGGAACUCUUGCAGACAGGAGGACGUGAUCGCCACCGCCAACCUGAGCCGGAAAGCCGUGUCCGAUAUGCUGACGGCUUGUAAGCAAGCAUCCUUCCACCCCGAUGUCAGCGAGGAGGUGCGCACCAGAGCCUUGCGGUAUGGGACAGAGUGCACCCUCGGCUACCUGGACCUUCUCGAGCACGUCUUAGUGAUUCUUCAGAAACCAAGCCCGGAACUCAAGCACCAGCUGGCUGCUUUCUCCAAGCGUGUCGCUAGCGCCGUGACUGAGCUCAUCCAGGCCGCGGAAGCCAUGAAAGGAACAGAGUGGGUGGAUCCAGAAGACCCAACCGUCAUUGCAGAAACAGAAUUACUGGGGGCCGCAGCGUCCAUUGAGGCUGCCGCCAAGAAGUUAGAGCAACUGAAGCCAAGAGCAAAACCAAAACAAGCAGACGAGACCCUGGACUUUGAAGAACAGAUUCUGGAAGCUGCUAAAUCCAUUGCUGCUGCCACAAGUGCCCUGGUCAAGUCGGCCUCGGCAGCCCAGAGGGAGCUGGUGGCCCAAGGAAAGGUGGGUUCCAUCCCUGCCAAUGCUGCCGAUGACGGACAGUGGUCCCAGGGGCUGAUUUCUGCCGCCCGGAUGGUGGCAGCUGCAACCAGCAGUCUCUGUGAGGCAGCCAAUGCCUCCGUUCAGGGACAUGCCAGUGAGGAGAAGCUCAUCUCAUCCGCCAAGCAGGUCGCUGCUUCCACGGCUCAGCUGCUCGUGGCCUGCAAGGUGAAAGCCGACCAGGAUUCAGAGGCCAUGAGGCGGCUACAGGCAGCAGGAAAUGCUGUGAAAAGAGCCUCAGAUAAUCUUGUUCGUGCAGCCCAGAAAGCAGCAUUUGGCAAAGCUGAUGAUGAUGAUGUUGUAGUGAAAACAAAGUUUGUAGGGGGCAUUGCUCAGAUCAUUGCCGCCCAGGAGGAAAUGUUGAAAAAAGAACGAGAACUGGAAGAAGCAAGGAAAAAACUGGCCCAGAUCCGCCAACAACAGUAUAAAUUCCUACCCACUGAGCUGAGGGAGGACGAAGGAUAAGGCCAGAGCCAAGUUGGCGUGCCCCAGGGGAUGGCUCUGCAAGAACUGGACAGACCGUGUUCCCAAGAGGCUGGGCACUUACCCCUGGGGCCAGCCCAGAGCCUUGAGUGCUCAUUCUCACGUCUCUGUCCCGUAGGGCACCGGCUGCAUGAUCGUGAUGUCACACGGUACAGUGUCCCACCCACAGCUCCUUCGCCACCUCCCCUCAUGCCUCACCAUAUCUCAGGAGAGAGGGGCGCACGUUUCGUGAACUGUUACCAAGAAAGAGAAGUCAGUAUUAUGUCGUUCUCAGACACUUUUGCUUUCGUUGGUCCUUCUCUAGGCCCCGCUCCUGGGCCUUCUGUGAAAUCUUGAGAGGAAAAAAAUAAUGGCUUGGGGAAAAUCACUCAUGUCCUAGGUAGUGUUCUCCCUCUCAGGAGAAGAUGGAAGUUGGAGUUGGACACAGUUAAUAAAAGCCAGAAACGUAAACCAGUGUGGACUCCAGGAGGGCAACUCCGGUCCUUCGGUGUCUCAAGCACUGGCUCCCCCAGAGGGUGGAGAAUUCCUGCUCCCAUUUGCACGCUUUCUUGCCUCUGUGUGUAAGCUCCUUGUGCAAUCUAGACCCAUCUUGUGUUCUGUGGCCCAGAAAACCAGACAAUUAUUUUUUUCCUCCAUAAUCCAAAGGGCAGAAGUACGGGGGACUGCCAGGGCUUGGUGAGCAGGGGCUGUAAUAAAAUGUGUGGGCUCCUU